CUACCCGGGCACUCGCCCCUCUCCGUCCCAGAACGCCCCCAGCAGCCUCCACACCUCGAACUCCGCGCCCUCCCCUCCGUAACCACCCGCCGCAGCGGGGGACAGAGACAGGUCGAGGAGACAAAACGCCAAAGGCCGGCGGCCGCCAUGGGUGAGGAGAAGAAGGCAGGCAAGGACGCCGGCGGCGACAAGAAGAAGGACGCCGGCGCGGCGGCCGCGCCGCAGCCCAUCGUGCUGAAGGUCGACUUGCAUUGCGCCGGCUGCGCCAGCAAGGUUCGCAAGGCCAUCAAGCGCGCCCCAGGUGUGGAGUCGGUGACGGCGGACAUGGCGGCGGGCAAGGUCGUCGUGACCGGUCCGGCGGACGCGGUGGAGCUCAAGGAGCGCAUCGAGGCCAGGGCAAAGAAGCCCGUCCAGAUCGUCUCCGCCGGCGCCGGCCCGCCCAAGAAGGACAAGGAAAAGGAAAAGGACAAGGAGAAGAAAGCGGACGGCGGCGAGAAGAAGGCAGACAAGGAGAAGGGCGGCGACGGCGGAGACAAGAAGGCCGACAAGGAGAAGGGCGGCGGCGGCGGCGGCGAGAAGAAGGCCGACAAGGAAAAGGGCGGCGGCGGCGGCGAGAAGAAGGCCGACAAGGAGAAGGGCGCCGACAAGCCCAAGGAGGAGAAGAAGCCCAAGGAGGAGACGGUGACGCUCAAGAUCCGGCUGCACUGCGACGGCUGCAUCGACCGCAUCAAGCGCCGCAUCUCCAAGAUCAAAGGCGUGAAGGAUGUGGCGUUCGACGCCGCCAAGGACCUGGUGAAGGUGACCGGCACCAUGGACGCCGCCGCUCUGCCGGCUUACCUCAGGGACAAGCUCAGCCGGGACGUCGAGGUCGUCGCCCCAGGCAAGAAGGACGGCGGCGGCGACAAGAAGGACAAGGGCGCAGGAGACGGGGGAGACAAGAAGAAGGACGGUGGGGGCGAGGAGAAGAAGGACAAGGCCGCGGCCGCGGCCGCGUCGGUGGCGCCGUUACCCCUGGCCGACGCCGCCAUGUACCAGAUGCCCCCGCACUACGGGUACGGCGCGUAUCCGCCGGCUCCCGGCGGCUACUACGGCGCCGCCCCGCCGCCGCCACCCAACCACGCCGGUGGCUUCUACCACCCCAACGCCGGUGUCCAUUACCCGCCCGCGCCGGCCUACGGGUACGGCGGCCCCUCCCACCUCCACGCGCCCCAGAUGUUCAGCGACGAGAACCCCAACGCCUGCUCCGUCAUGUGAGCUCGCUCGAUCCGCCGGUUUGCCGUCGAUCGGCGCCCCCUUCCUCCGUCUCCGUGUCAGACCAAGAACCAUGGCUUGGGUUUUAGCGGUCGGUUUAGUUAAAUUAUCAGGUAGUAGUAGCUAGUUUAAUCAGUGCUCCGAGAUCAGUACCAGCAGACCUGUGUAAAUGAGAUCAGUACCCCCGCCCCGGUGUAAGUGUAAUGCAGCGUCAUGUUUGUAAUCUAGCCGGACCUGAUAAAGUUUUGCUCUUUUGUCAUGGCUAAUCGCCAUUUGCGA